AUGCCUACUGUCGAUUCAUUCAGAGCUGAAAUGAUCUUAUCAUACAUUCUUAAUCAACCAAAGGCAUCCCCAUAACCACCAGUCAGUUGCAGUUAUGUUAUCUUAGUGGGAGGUAGUGGUACAGCCAAAACAUCAAGUGUGCUUAUGUAUGCCAACAAAUUCAACAAAGAAAAGAUGUUGUUCAAGAGAAUCAACUUUUCAUCUGCUACUCUACCUAGUCACUUCUAGGCUGCUAUUGAAGCUGAAUGUGAUUUCAAAAUAGGUAAAGAUUUUGCUCCUCCUCAAAAUAAAAACAUGACUGUAUUCAUUGAUGAUCUUUCUAUGCCUUUUGUAAAUAAGUGGGGAGAUUAAGUCACCUUGGAAAUAGUUAGACAACUCAUCGAUUAGGGUGGUUUCUAUAUGUUAGACAAAGCCUAAAGAGGUAACUUCAGAGGUAUCAAAAACCUUACAUACAUCGGAGCCAUGUAACAUCCAGGAGGUGGUAGAAAUGAUAUCCCUAACAGAUUGAAGAGAUAAGCAGUCAUUUUCAAUAUGAUUUUGCCACUCUCAGUUGAAGGCAUUUAUGGUCCCAUCAUCAAACAUUAAUUCAAGGCUAAAUACUUCUCAGCUGAUGUCAAUAGAGCUAUUGAUACAUUAACUGGUGCAACCAUUUAAAUUUGGAAUAAAGUCAAAGCAACUAUGUUACCAACACCAGCCAAAUUCCAUUAUGUGUUCAAUAUGAGAGAUCUAUCCCGUGUCUUCAAGGGUAUCUUAUCAGUAAGAAAGGAAACAAUAAACACUGCUGCUUAAGUUGGACCAAUGAAAUCAGAUGUAUUUUUAGUUGGAUUGUGGAUGCAUGAAUGUGAAAGAGUCUUUGUAGAUAAAAUGACUAAUCAAAAGGAUAAGGAUCAAGUAUGUAAUUACAUUAAGGAUAUUGCUUUGGAUCUAUAUAACCAUUUAGAUAGUGAAAUCUAAGAUAAAUACAGCAAGGAGAAGUUAUUCUUGAUGUGCGAUUUCUUGAAGGAAGAUAUAAAGAAUGAAGAUGGAUUAGUUGAAGUUGAAGCUGAAAAGAUUUAUGAGGGAGUCAAUUCUAUUGACAGAUUAAGAUUAAGAUGUAAUAGUCUUUUACAAGAUUACAAUGAUAAAUACCCAGCAAAGAAGAUGAGUCUAGUGCUUUUCGACGAUGCUAUCAAACAUUUGUUGCGUAUUUCAAGAUUAAUUAAAUAACCAAGAUCCAAUGCUUUAUUAGUAGGAGUUGGUGGUUCAGGUAAAUAAUCCUUGACAAGAUUGGAUGCUGAUAUCUUGAAGAACGUAUGCUAUUAAAUUAUUUUGACUAAAAAUUUCAGUGAGAAAGACUUGAAAGAAGAAAUUAAGAAAUUGUUUGAUUGGGCUGGCCAUCUUGGUAAAUAGGUUACGUUUAUAUUGACAGAUAGUGAAGUGAAGAAAGAGGAAUUCUUAGAAUAUAUCAAUAUGAUCUUAUCAACAGGAGAAGUGGCUGGUUUAUUGGCUAAGGAUGAAAAGGAAGUUUGGUUGGCUGAUGUCAGAAAUGAUUAUGUCAAAGAGAAACAAUUGGGUAAUAUUGAUCCUCCUUAGAGUGACUUAUAUGCCUAUUUGGUUGAUAGAAUAAGAGAUAAUUUGCAUAUUAUUUUGUGCUUCUCACCAGUAGGUUAGAAAUUCAGAGACAGAUCUCGUAAAUUCCCAGCUUUAUUCAAUGAAUGUACAAUUGAUUGGUUCUUGCCAUGGCCUGAAGCUGCUUUGGUUAGUGUUGCUGAAACAUUCAUCAAGAAUUUCAAAGAAUUAGACACAACUAAUGACAUCAAGGAAGAAUUGAUGAAACAUAUGGGUAAUGUACAUAUCAUGGUUAAUUCUGUUUGUGAACUUUACUUCCAAAAGAUGAGAAGACAAGUUUAUGUUACACCAAAGAGUUAUCUUUCUUAUUUGAAUUCUUAUAAGGAAUUGUAUUUGAAAAAAUAUGCUGAAUUAGAUCUUCAAGAAAAUUCAUAUAAGAUUGGUUUGAAUAAGAUUAAUGAAGCAGCUAAACAAAUAGAAAAGAUGGGUGUGGCUUUGAGAGAAGAAGAAGCUUAAUUAAAGGAAGCAUCAGAAAAGACUGAAAAAUUAUUAGAAGACUUGGAAAAAGAAAGCAAGAAGGCCAAUUAAAAGAAUGAUGAAGUCGAGGCUACCACUGCUUAAUGUAUGAAAUAAGCAUAGAUGAUUGCAAGUGAAAAAUAAGCUGCCGAGAAAGAUUUGGCUGCUGCUAUGCCUGCUCUCAUAAGAGCUUAAGAAGCCGUCGAUUCUUUGGAUAAGAAGGAUAUUGAUGAAAUGAAGGCCAUGAAGACUUUGAUGGACAUUAUGAAAGCCAUUAUAGACUCAAUUGUUGUAUAUUUCAUGGGUAAAUUAUUGCCAGUUCAAUCAUUCACUGUGAAGAUCAGUAAGGUCGAUUAUCAAUUCUUGAAAGAUUCAUUUGAUGAAGGUGGUAAAUCAGUUCUUUUUGAUAUGAACUUCUUAAACAAAUUGAAGGGAUUUGAGAAAGAUGGUAUUAAUGAAGAGACUAUCGAAUUAUUGUAACCAUACAUGUCAUAAGAAUGGUUUAGUGAAGAAAAGGCCCAGAGUGCUUCAAAGGCAGCUUAAGGUCUAUUGAAGUGGGUUAAGGCUAUUUAUGAAUAUCAUGAGAAGUCAAAGAUCGUUAAACCCAAGAAGGUCUAUUUGUAAAUCUAAGAGGGUCGUCUUGAGAUGGCAAGAAAAGAAUUGGCAAAAGCUGAAAAAGAUUUGAAUGAAAUCAAGGAAUAUUUGGCUAAAUUGAAGGAGACAUUCAACAAGUAAAUGGAAGAGAAAUCAUUUUUGGAACAGAAAUCAAAUAAAACUAAAAAGAGAAUUACUACAGCUAGAUAAUUGAUUGAAUCACUUUCAGAUGAAAAGGCUAGAUGGGGAUAAGGAGCCACAGAAAAUAGCUGA